AAUGAGUCACGUUAGGUGGUGAUGCGCGUCAAGCUUGGCGGAGAAGCGCGAAAGGCGGGGACAGCGUGGAGGCUGCUUUGGUCAUUGGUUUGUCUCAGGCGCGGACGCUCAGCAUCAUCUUCCUCUGGAAAGGGGGAGGAAAACAGCUGUUGAGGGAGUUCACGGAGACGAGGAGCUUCGCGCCCUGCUUUUUUUUAUUUUCGUUUGCAAACCACAGCCCCUGCCUUUCCAGAGAGCGAGUUGCUAGAAGAAGCGAGGGCAACAACAACAACAAAAAGAAAGCGCAAAGGAGCGGAGAAAGGAGAGGUGGUCCCAUCCGAAACGAUGUUUGGCAUGAUAAGAAAUUCCCUCUUCGGAAACACCGAGGAGACCGAGUACAAAGUGCUCAGCAGCGAGACCCAGAACGGCGUUGGCUUUGAGGUGAGACGGUACGAUGCCGCAAAAUACGCUGCCAUCUCCUCUGAAGGAAGAACCUAUGAUCAAGUAAUCGGGGAGCUGGUGCGGAAACUGCUGAUGUACAUCGGUGGAAACAAUGAGCAAGGUGAGGCCAUGGGGAUAGCAUUCCCCAUCAUCAUCACAGUGUACCCACGAAACGAUGGCGUCUUCUCCCGACGCUUGGUAGUGGGCAUCCGCAUCCCCAACACCUACCAGCAAGACCCCCCAGCUCCCACCGACAGUGCCAUCAGGAUUGAAGAGCGGCCUGGCAUGACUGUAUAUGCUCUACAGUUUGGUGGCUUUGCCGGGGAGAGCGAGUAUCGGGCCGAGGCCUCCCGCCUGACACGCACCCUCGGCGAGACGACCCCCUUUCAGCGCAAGCAGUACUUCUGCUGCAGCUACGACCCACCGCUUAAACCUUAUGGACGUAGAAAUGAAGUUUGGUUUCUGCAAGAGGAUCCGUGAAAGCCCUGUCAGUCACAUCUGAUGCUUUAUCCUCUAAAAAAAAAUAAAAAUAUCUUCGCCAGUUCGUCCUGAUAGCUUCAAAUUAAACGUUCAGGAAGAGGCAUUUCUUUGUGUUUGUGUCAUACUUUCUAUACUUAACCUU